AUGCAGUCCAUCCACUUCGCCUUUAAGCUUCAAGUUCUACCCCGAUUUCGACGAGGCAUCACUGAGCUCGAAACGAAAAGCCCUAAAUUCAGCUCUCUCCUCGCAACCGUUCCGGACGGGCAAAUGGAGACAUUGAGCGGCCGCUCAUGGGGAGACAUUGGCGACACAACGGGUGGCAGCAGCAACGGCAGUAGCACUAAAAUCAAGCCAGCAUUGCCGCCUCCCAUCUCGACCAGUUCUUCAGUCUCAAUGCCGCCCGCCCCCAACACGUCACGGUUCAACCAUGCCACCAGUGCUGUUCUGCAGAACUACUGGGCUGAGUGUGCUAAGGAAUAG